AGUGACGCAUUUUCUAUUUUUAAGACAGUUCGUUACUUAAAUUCAAAUAAACUCCGAAAAUCUUUUAUACGUUUCAAAACUCUUAUGGAGGUUGCGAUAGCGAUGGGGCAUUUUUGUGAAAUUCAUGGCCCCUGCAUAGUUAUGUGCACAGACAGAGCAAAGGAAUUGCCCGAAGUACCCCCAGCUUCACUUAAUGUCCCCAUUUGUGAUGCUUGUGAAUCUGUAGAUUUAGACACCGCCUACACUUGCCAGGAUGGAAAAUGUUAUUACAUUAGCACACGCACUUCUCUUUGUGAUGAUAUGGCACAUCUUCUGCAUGAGGCAGUUGUAAAAAGCCUCAGCGUUGAAGUAGUCACUGAAGAAGACAAAGACGAAGGGACGAUGUAUUUCGGAGAUAACACCAAAGGUCAUUUUAUUACUCAUUUGUUUACGGUAAAGGAUUCCUUAUCGAGGGGUUUUAAAAGAAAAUACUGCAUUGUAGUUCGAGGUCAACAUCAAAUGCCUUUGUUACACCACUACGACUUUAUUGAAAAAAAUUUGAAGCAAAUAAGUGGUGAAUUGGUGCAGAAAGCAAACCAAAUUUAUGAGGAAGAGAAACCUUUAAGGGAGAAGCAAACAACAUCGGGCGCUACUAGAAAACCUGUGCUGAGGUCCCUCAAAGACCUUGUAGGUGAACCAAAUGUUUUUGUGCACCUCCAUUUGUGGUUUGUGUUCUUGUUAAGAGCCGAAAUUUAUAAAACUAUACCUCAUAAAGUGCCUGAAUGUCCAGUGGAUUGCCCAACAGCAAAAGAAUUGAGAAAUUUACAAAAAGAAAUGCCUCAGGAGGUUUUUCGAAUAGUACUGUACUGUAUCUUAACGGGAAUAAAAGUAGAUGCAGAAAACACAGAAACAGUACAGUAUUUCCAACAACUCCUACCCAAAGAUUUUGUGUUGCCCACCACAGGCACAGUAUGCCGUUUAAGCAAAUCGGACGGCAUUUGGAAUGCCCAAUUCAAAGGAAGUUUACCCAAAACUAUGCCUAGAAUGUACACAUUAGUUGAAGAAGCUCUGGGAAACCCAAAUCUACCCGAUUCCGCUCUCAAGUAUUACUUGAUGAGUAUUAGUAUGCGUUGGUUCAACAUAGCGUGCGUGAUUGGCUGGGCUACAGGGCCUUGCGACCAGCUCAUGCGGUCUUUAGGGGUGCACAAGUGCGACAUGCCAUUGCUGUCUUAUUGGAUACCCCAGUGCAAUGCUUGCGUCAAAUUUGCCGAGGCUGACUGGUUUAACAGAGAUAAGAAAGAAGAGGUGCCUUUAAAUUCUUGCUAAAUUGUUAUGUUUUAAAUAUUUUUAAAUAUAAGGCUAUUUAUUUUUCACUUAGUUUAGUAUAUAAUUU